AUGGCUGAUAGACUCACACAGCUUCAAACCUGUCUCGACCAACUCGUUGAGCAGUUUAAUGCCACCGUAAAUUACAUCAACACGAGCAGUGAACCUUCUUUACUUGAUGAGGAUCCGACUUCUGUCUCAAACAUUGCCGCUAGUGCCCCCCUUCCAGCUAACCAGACACAACAGGGUAGCACUUUGGGAAGUAACAGACAGACGGUUUCACCAUCGACUCAAGCGGAAGCCGAGUCGAAUUUUGAGAAUACUAUAAACGAACUAUCCACAGACAUCAUCUUGAAGUCUAGACAAAUCAGUAUGCUCAUAGACUCGUUGCCAGGAAUAGGAGUUUCGCCUGAGAGUCAGUUGAAGAUCAUCGACGACUUGAGCAAGGAGCUCCAAAGUGUGGAACAGGAGCAAGUGAAGAAGAUCCAAGAAAAAGACAAGUUAUUGAAAUGGUGUGAGUCAUUGAUUGUGGAAGUCGCUACUGGUAUUUCUGAGACAAGACAUUGA